AUGAAUCAGUUUAAUGGUUCUAUUCCUAGUCACAUCGGUGCGUAUCUUGAAAAUGCAAGGUUCUUAUCAUUGUCGCGGAAUAAUCUCAGCGGAGCGAUUCCAGAUUCUAUUUGCACUCCAUAUUUGCAGGUUCUUGACCUUUCAAAAAAUCCGCUGAGCAGUGUCAUUCCUCCUCAUUUAACCAGGAAUAGUUCUUCUCUUAGUGCUCUAGAUUUGGCAGAAAAUCAUCUGGAAGGUAAAUUGCCAGCAGAGCACCCUUCCCCACGCCAGGUAAUUGGCCUUCCGAAUCUUCAAAUUCUGGAUCUUUCUGGCAACAACCUUUCAGGACCCAUUCCAAGAAACCUUACAAAUUUGCUCGCAAUGGUCAAUGCAUCGCAAAGUAAUCCAGACUAUCUCGAAGAAUGCACUUCAAUUGGUGCUACAUAUACAAAUCAGAUUAAAAUUUCCUGGGAAGGUUGGGAUGUUGAAUUUGUGAAAGUUCUUUUCAUUCUUAAAUGUAUUGAUCUUUCAAACAACAACUUAUCUGGGAGCAUUCCUCCCGAAAUGGGAUCUCUUCAAGGCUUGAUAGCCCUUAACCUUUCAAGGAAUGAUCUCAGUGGCCGAAUCCCAAAAACAUUGGGACGCAUGGAUCAGCUAGAGCCUUUGGACCUCUCGCUAAACAGGCUGAAUGGCAACAUUCCAUUAGAACUUCAGUUGCUGAGUUAUUUGCAGUUCUUAAAUCUAUCUUACCCCGUUCUUACCCCACGGGGGGCAGUUUCUAACGUUUGGGGAGUCGUCCUACUUGGGCAAUCCUAA